AAGCCAAACACGCCCUUAAGUUUUCAACAAAUACUUAUCAGUUCGUUUAUCUUAUACCCUUCUUCUUCUUCUUCUUCACUACUCACACCGCUCCAAUGAACCUCUGAAACUGAACCCUCUAACAAUGGCCAUUCGAGCAGUUAACAACUGCUCCUUCUUCCGCCCUUCUCCUUCUCUCUCCUCCGUCCCUCACUUUUUCUCAACCUACCGCCGUCUUCCCACCGUCAUCCGCUUCCAUCCUCCAUCCUCCUGCUAUGGCUGUUGCCAUACUCAAACACGCUCCAUCAAAAGCCUCUUUGAAACCGUCAUGGAAGAACUCAAAGCUAAGCGUAAACGCCGCAAGAAAGUCGUCGUCUCCGUUAACGCUUCUGCUUCUUCUUCCAAUGCGGAACUGUUGAAUGAAGUGCUUACUGAAGAGAUACUUGUGAACCGUUCAUUGCAAAAAGGUUUGCUUUUGGAAUUCAAGAAGGAUUCUGAUAGAAUAUUGCUAGCAGUUGCUCAGAGACCUGAUGGCAAGAAGAACUGGAUGGUUUCAGAUCAGAAUGGCGUCUCUAGUUCCAUCAAGCCACAACAAGUGACAUAUAUUGUUCCUGGUAUAUCAAAUUUUGACCAAGCAAAUAUCGCCGGUUUUCUUCAGAAAGCUCAGGACAAUAUGGACCCAUCACUACUUGAAUUUGCUUGGUCUGAACUACUUGAAAAGAAUAAGACAGUGACAGUUGAAGAGAUGGCCGAGAUAAUUUUUGGUAGUGUUGAGCCUCUUGAGAGUUAUUCUGCUCAUCUCUUGCUAUCAAAAGACGAAGUAUAUUUUACUGUACUUGAGACUAAAGGAUCUCGCUGCGUUUAUGGACCUCGAUCAAGUGAGCAGGUUGAGGAACUUAUUCGUAGGAAGGCGGCAAAGGAGAUUGCUGUGAAAGAAUUUCAGGAGUUUAUUAAACUGCUGCGCUCUGCGAAAUCAAUGCCUUCACAAGAUAAACCUUCGAAAUCUUCAUGGAAGGAUGAGGAGAAAAUUUGGAGCAGAAUUGAGUCACUUGAAGCAUAUGCUAUUGAUGCUUGUAAAAGUGAUGAACAAAGGGAAACAGCUGGGAUGAUACUAAAGGAAAUGGGUCUGGCAAAAACAACAUCUUCAACUGUGAAGCUCUUAAUAGAUAUUGGGUAUUUUCCUGUACAUGUCAAUCUUGAUUUGUUGAAGAUGAAAAUUCCCACUGAUCACUCUGAAAAGAUCACAUCAGCUGCUCAAAGUCUUCUAUCAGACUCAUCUGAUCCAGAUGAAGUUAACAGGAAGAACCUUACUAACCUGAAGGUCUAUGCCAUUGAUGUUGAUGAAGCUGAUGAGCUUGAUGAUGCUCUGAGUGCAACAAAGUUACAAGACGGUCGGAUUAACGUUUGGAUACAUGUUGCAGACGCAACUAGAUAUGUUCAACCUGGAAGUAUUGUGGAUAGGGAGGCUAUGAGAAGAGGAACUUCUGUUUUCUUGCCCACCGCUACAUAUCCUAUGUUUCCGGAAAAUCUUGCCAUGGGAGCUAUGAGUUUGAGACAAGGGGAGCUUUGUAAUGCUGUUACUGUAUCAGUUGUGCUGCAUGAUGAUGGCAGCAUUGCAGAAUGUUCAGUGUUCAACUCAGUGAUUAAACCAACAUACAUGCUAACAUAUGAGAGUGCGUCAGAGCUACUUCAUUUGAACCUUCAGGAGGAGGUUGAGCUUAGAACUUUGUAUGAGGCUGCAAAGCUUCGGUUAAAUUGGCGGCGCCAACAGGGUGCAGUCGAGACAGCAACAUUAGAAACUCGCAUCAAAGUGUCUAAUCCAGAGGAUCCUGAGCCAUCAAUAACCCUUUAUGUGGAAAACCAGGCAGACCCUGCAAUGCGAUUAGUCUCUGAGAUGAUGAUACUCUGCGGCGAAGCUAUAGCUACAUUUGGAUCCUUGAAUAACAUUCCUUUACCCUACAGGGGACAACCCCAAUCAGAUAUAAAUCUUUCUGAAUUUUCCCAUCUUCCAGAAGGGCCUGUUAGGAGCUUUGCUCUAGUUAAGAUAAUGCGUGCUGCUGAAAUUGAUUUCAGAAAGCCAGCACGCCAUGGGGUUUUAGGAGUUCCUGGUUAUGUUCAAUUUACCUCUCCCAUCCGUAGAUAUUUGGACCUUCUAGCUCAUUAUCAGAUAAAGGCAUUUCUUAGAGGUGAGCCUCCACCCUUUAUACCUGGUAAUCUUGAAGGGAUAGGAGCAGGUGUAAAUGAGAAAGCUAGAGAAGUGAGGAAACUCUGCAACAGUAGUCUCCGUUACUGGAUACUAGAAUAUUUACGAAAACAACCAGAAGCAAGAAGAUACCGUGCUUUGGUCCUUAAAUUUUUUAAAGGUCGACUUGCAGCUCUAUUGUUGGUUGAGGUUGGAUUUCAAGCUACUGCAUGGGUCUCAGUAGGAACACAGAUAGGCGACGAAGUAGUGGUUAAGGUUGAAGAAUCACAUCCGCGCGAUGAUAUUAUUCAUGUGAAGGAAGUUGCAAGAGAUUGACUUAAGAUAUGUUAUCGAAAGGGCCUUUUCAAUGUUCAACAAUUUGUUCAAAAGGCUAAGCUCAGUUCCAUUUGGGAGGAUAACCUUGUUGAAUCCCACUCAGCUUGACUAGUUUGGUGCAACCUCAUUUUUCACAUGGUAGCGAGAUCAAGCUUCAGUGGCCAAAUUUCAACAUUUUAACAUUUAAGCUGUUCAAAUAUUGAAGAGUAUAUCAUUUUCUCUUAGCAUGCAGUGACAGGAAGUUUCUCCCCCUCAAUUAUGCUGCAAGUGUAUAUCAUUUUCUCUAAGCAUGCAGUGACAGGAAGUUAGCAGGUUUUCUCCCCCUCUGAUAAUUUGUCCAUUAUUGUUGAUUUGUUAAGAUGUCUCUGAUAUAGAGGUGGUGGUAGUCAUACAUCGCCAAACGAAGAUUUUUCUCAUCGUUUACUGAAAAUUCAUGGCUGAGGCUUGAGGGCAUAUAUAUUUUUUGUAACGAUAAAUGUUAGUUAUUUGUUAGAUGAUAGUGGAGUGUAGGUUUUGAAUCUUAUCCUCUUGAUGCGCCUUACAAUUUUUUUUUUAUAUUUUAUUUACCUUUCAAUUUGAUAUAUAAAUAUGUAAUUGAGUUUUUGUUGUAAUCUCUAGAAUUGGGGAAAGUUUUAAUUUUAAAUAAACUUGUGUCACAAGGUUAGCUAGA